AUGUUUGUUGUUGCCGCCAACGGGACAACAAAAAUACAAGAACUCACAAAGGAUGGAAUCUGGAACCACGUAUCGUCUUCUGACAAUCCUGCGGAUAUUAUUUCAAGAGGAAUCGAUCCAUCUGAACUAUUGGCAUCAGAUAUCUGGUGGCACGGGCCAACUUGGUUAUCACAGGACUCUGAUAAUUGGCCCAUUUCAGAAGUUAUCAAUCUUGAAAUCGUUCCCGGAAUUAAAAGAAGCUGCAUUUCAAAUCAAGUUACUCUCAAGAAUCAAGUUUCAACCAUUUCUGAACGUUUCUCGUCCUUUGUAAAAUUACUCAGGGUACUCUCAUAUUGUUUUCGAAUCCGUAAUAAUUUAGCCAGGCCGACUACCGAUUUUAAGAUAGGAUUUCUCACACCCCAAGAAUUAAAGUACACGAAACAUCGACUGAUUAAAUUGGCACAGGCAGAAUCUUUUCGCACUGAUAUUCAAUGUAUUGAACAAAAAAGGGAACUUGCGAACUCUAGCAAACUUAAAUCACUCACACCGUUUCUUGAUGAAUUCGGUCUUCUCAGAGUGGGCGGAAGGCUUAACAACGCAUCUCUUCCUUUUGAUAAAAAACAUCCCAUUAUAUUACCAUCGGAUCACCUGUUAACGAAGUUAAUUAUUAAGGACGAACAUAAACGAUUAAUGCACGCUGGAUGUCAAAGCGUGGUAGCAUCUCUGCGAGAACAGUACUGGCCACUUUCAUGUAAAAACAUUGUCAAGACAGUACUUCGAAAAUGCGUGCAAUGUUUCCGAGUCAAGCCAGUAGGUACAGAACAUGUUAUGGGAAACUUACCUGCAGGACGAGUCACACUAGCUCGUCCCUUUAAUUCCAGUGGAGUCGAUUAUGCAGGGCCGUUCCUUGUUAAAGAUAGAACUCGAAGUCGAACAACUACGAAAGCAUAUUUAUGUAUAUUUGUAUGCUUUGUGACAAAGGCCGUUCAUUUAGAGUUAGCGAUAGAUUUAACGACCUACGGAUUCUUAAGUUGCCUUCAACGUUUUAUAUCUCGGCGAGGUCGUCUUCAAACAUAUACUCAGAUAACGGAACAAAUUUUGUCGGCGCUCGGAACGAGCUUAACGAACUUGCGAAAUUAUUACGUGACUCUAAACACCAAGAAAAUGUAA